GUUCCCGUCCAUUUGAUAUGCUACAGUACCCGUGAGAUUUGGACCGCACAUUCGGAUAAAAAAACUGGUGAAGCUUCCUGCAUACUCACUCAUUUUAGAUGUACCGGACCACACAUUACUCCAUGAUAAGAUUGAGCCUCUACCUUCGUGCUACCUGUGCUUUCAAUUCGGUUUGCUCAAUUUCUGCGUAUCCUCUCUUUGUAAAACAUUUAGGUUAGUUUGUCGUGAGCAGUCUUUGCACAAUGAGAUAAGGCCAUUGUAUGUUCGUACCGUUAAUUGUUGUUAAACUCUAAGAAUGAUAGAUUGUAUUAAGAUUACAAGUUUAUUUAAUACUAUUAAUGUUGAAUUGCUUUUGAUUGGAAAUAUAUGUCAUCUGGAAGAUUUGCAGGUCCAUUAUUAGUACCUAAGUAUUUUGUUUCUUGCUUUUUGAAAUCUUAAAGUUAGGGUGAUGGAAAACUUUACUAGCAUAUUGUUAAAAGUUGUUUUCAACUUAUCCAUGAUUUAGUAUCACAUUUGAGAUUGAUUGUGAAUGGCUUGGUAAUGUUUGAAGGGUGAUUUGGUUAUUCUUUUGUUGUGUGGCAAAACAAUCAUUCAAGCCCAAAGGAUCAUCUUUGGGAAUUGGGAUAGCGGUAGAUUGAUAAAGGAUCGAACAAAGGGAAGGGUCAAGACUUCUUAGCAUUGAGAAGACAACCCCAUUGUUUCAUCUAGGUGUUUGGCAUCGAAGCUGGAGCUUGUGCUCCUUUGCCUCUGAUCUCUAAUUCCACAACCACUGCCUGAAAUUUAGGUAUUCUUUUAUGUCAGCCUCUGUAUUCUUUGAUGUUUUGAUUUCCACCCUUGGGGUUUAUUAAGCCCAUUUCAAAGACCUUAGUUCAUAAUUUGCCAUGCUUCUGGAAGUGGAAGUGCAUCCAGGGGUUUGUCUUUCUAUUGCACCAUUUCACAGGCUUCUCCUUCCUUUCUUUUUAGUUCUGGUUUAAGAGAUGCAUUUCAUUCUAUUUAAAUUUCUGAAUUCAUAUGUUCUUUUUUCAAAAGUUUGGAUUUCAUAUUUAGUUUAUAUGUAGCCACACUUUUCUAAUGAUUUUACCAUUUUUAGUAUGGAAAUGAAAUCUUACUUGUUAGAAUAAGUCAUGAGAGUAUUUUAAAAAAGACUGAACCCAUCGUUAGCAUGAUUUUAAGUCGAUCGUUAGUUGAAAUAAUUUAAAGGAGAUUGAUCAAUACAAUUUUAAUGAUUCUUUUCAAUUUUCCAAGAUUUUUUGACUGAGAAAAAGGUCAUUGGCACUUGAGACCAUUUGGGAAAGAUUGAACCAGUAGUUAUUUGCAAAAUAACUAAUACCAAGUAAUUGGUAUUAUUUAAAGUAGGUAUUGUACAGUUGGUAGUGCGCAAGCUCUUUCCCAACACGUGAAAGAAUGACUACUGAUUUCCUCAGCCUAAAAAUAAGGUCUUCACUUUGAUCCUUGACUAAAUUGUUCUCCUCUUGUAUAAAAGCCAUAUCAUAUUUUUAUGGAAGAUUGAAGAAACUAAUCUUUGACUAAAUUGAUCUAUGUAAUUGAAUUUCAUGCACAAUUUUUUUAAAAACUGAAUAUUUUUGAAUGUGUGAAUAAAUAGAGAAUAUUUGCACUGAGAGCUUACAAGAUUUACACUGCCAAAUGAUGUUAAAAACAUUCAGUUGUACAUUGUUGAGCUACUGGCCUAUUAGCUGUGUCAAGGUUUUACUCUGAAUUGUUAUUGAUUGUUUUUAGUUACUAGUUUGCAUAUUGUUUUAUGUAUUUUUUUGGGAGCUACUAGUUAGUUUGCGCCUAAUUUGUUGAGCUACUGACCUAUUAUCUUUGUCAAGAUCUUAUUAUGGAUUAUUAAUGAUUGUUAUUAGCAACUACAAAGCAAUUUGCAUAUUGUUUUUUAGAUUUUUUGGGAGCUUCUAGUUAGCUUGCUCCUAAUUUGUUGAGUUAUUGCUUACUGGCUUAUUAGCUUUCUCAAGGUUUGGCUCUAGAUUGUUACUUAUUGCUAUCAACUACUCCCUCCGUCCCCCAUAGAUCUUCCCAAUAGCUCUUUUUCUUUGUCCACAAUAGAUCUUCUCAUUUCAUUUUUUAACAAUUAAAAUACCACAACUACCCCCACUUACUUUAUUUAUUACACCUCACCCAUCUCAUUUAAUACACUCCACCCAUUUUUCAUUAAUGGUAUUAUGGUAAACUUUCAUCUUUUUUCAACUCUCCUUAAAAACCACCAAAAGUCAAAAUGAGAACAUCUUAGGGGGACGGAGGGAGUAAUACUUAUAUGGAUUUUUUUGGUGUUCCUAGUUAGUUUGCUCGUGAUUUUUUGAGCUAAGGAUCUAUUAGCUCUAUCAAGCACAUAAAAAUUGUGAAUCAUGCUUGGUUAGUUUGAAUUUGAGAUUUUCUUUUCUUAUUACAAUUAGUAUGUAAUUUGAUUCAACAUUUUUGUUUGUAUUGCCGGCCUUAGGGCAAUGCCUCAUGUUGUGGUGGAUGCCGAUAGCAUACUUAAGGAUGAUAACAUCGCAUUCAAUUUGUUUGCUCCCAACCUCGUCGAUGAAUAGGAGCGCAUCAUUCAACGACUUCGGGAAGUACUCAUUCGCGGUGGACAACCUCUCAAUAACAAUACAAGAACAACAUUUGUCGAUAUUUAAAGACCAGUUGUGAGACUCGAUAUUGCGGCAUCCGAGGACGACCACGCCAUCUCAACGUCAAUCCUAAUCCAAAAACAAGACGCUUAUGUGUAUUCAGUUUAUAGUUCUGGGUGGUGGACUUGUGAUGAUAUACCCUAUGUGCUUCUAAAUUCAAAAAAAAACUUUUUUUGAUUGUAGGUAUAUUGCAUCUAAUAAAAAUGUAGAUGCAAUAGGUCCUUGAACGACAUAUUGAGCUCUUUUAGCUCUUAAAACCGGCAUACCUGAUGCAUUCCAUUCCCAUUUCAAAAAUUUGUGUAUGGUUUUUUUGGAAUCGGCUAGGUUUCACUAGACGUACGAUCUGGUGAGGCAUUCGUUUGAGACCCGUUUAGCAUUUGGGUCACCAUUGUGUCGACUUGACCACGUCGUCGACUUCCCAAGUUUGACAUAAAUCAUGUAUUUGUCUCAAAAACUCAUAAAUAACAAUUUAUGUAUAUUUUCUCAUAAUUUCAGGCAAUAUUCGAGCUUUGAUCAACUAGUGGAAUAAGAUGAGCAUAGCUGUGGUCCGCUAUCACAAUGAUCAAGACGACGUGUUCAGGAUUCAGGGUAGAAUUCAAAAUGAGUGUAGAAUUGAAAAUAGGUUUGAUGCAGUUCUGGAUGAGCUGGCGCUCAUCCAGAACUGCCUCAAACCUAUUUUCAAUUCCACACUCAUUUUGAAUUCUACCCUGAAUCCUGAACACGUCGUCUUGACCAUUGUGAUAGCGGACAACAGCUAUGCUCAUCUUAUUCCAGUAGUUGAUCAAAGCUCGAAUAUUGCCUGAAAUUAUGAGAAAAUAUACAUAAAUUGUUAUUUAUGAGUUUUUGAGACAAAUACAUGAUUUCUGUCAAACUUGGGAAGUCGACGACGUGGUCAAGUCGACACAAUGGUGGCCCCAAUGCUAAACUGGUCUCAAACGAAUGCCUCACCAGAUCGUACAUCUUGUGAAACCUAGUCGAUUCUAAAAACCAUACACAGAUUUUUGAAAUGAGAAUGAAAUGCAUCAGGUUAUUCAGGUAUACCGGUUUCAACAGCUAAAACAGCUCAAUAUGCCGUUCGAGGACCAACUGCAUCUACAUUUUUAUUAGAUGCAAUAUACCUACAAUCAAAAAAAGUUAAAUUUAGAAGCACGUAGGGUGUAUCUUCACAAGUCCACCACCUAUAACUAUAAACUGAAUACGCAUAAGCGUCUUGUUUUUGGAUUAGGAUUGACGUUGAGAUGGCGUGGUUAUCCUCGGAUGCCGCAAUGUCGAGUCUCGCAACUGGUCUUUGAAUAUCGACAAAUGUUGUUCUUGUAUUGUUAUUGAGAAGUUGUCCACCGUGCGUGAGUACUUCCCGAAGUCGUUGAAUGGUGCGCUCCCAUUCAUCGACGAGGUUGGGAGCAAACAAAUUGAAUGCGAUGGUAUCAUCCUCAAGUCUUAUUUAACUAAUACAGUUUGAUAAUAACAAGUCUUAUUUAACUAAUACAGUUUGGUUAUGCUACUACUACAGUUUGAUAAUAGAAAGUCUUAUUUAACUUAGAAGAUUACAUGAUUAUAUAUGAAGAGGCAAAUUCUUUAGUGGUUAAGGGUCUAUACUCGUUUUAUGAACUUUAGUGCACGAAAUAAUUAGAUGUAUGGGCCUUAGUAAAAGAAAGAUAUUCAACAGUGAGACCAUGAAAAAGAUGUGAGGAGACCCACAUUUCUCAUGAAAAAAUUAUGUUAUCAUCAUUUUUCCAAUUCUAAAGUAAACAAGUUUUUGUUUUGUUUUAGUAUGUUAUUGAUACAUGUAGGAAUUUUGGACUAGAGCGCGAUGUCAUCCUCUUAAGUGGACAAGUAAUGACGUUACAAGUUCACAGUUGCUUGAUACAACCCGAUUGAUGGUGAUAUCUAAACUUAGAGAAUGUAUUGAGAUUGCUAGACAAAAAAUUGUGUUGAAAAGAGCAUGCACGAGAGGCUGGAGACAGAGACACUUCUUCAGUAUCUUGAGCAUAUGACACGCGUCUAAUGAAACCGGAAGCUCACGAGUACCCAUUCUUUCUCGUGACCAUCUUCUUCGCGGAAGGAAAGAAAAACUUGCAAGGAAAUUCAUCCCUGAUUCCUCGCUGCGUUGAAUCUUCAGGGAAGGAAAGAAAUCCCAGGUACUGCCGUACACCUUUCCAUUCUUCCUUUCGGCUAUCCUAAUUUUUUCCUAAUUUUUACCCGAAAAUUAUUUUUUUCUCAUAAAUUCGUGGGUUGAUUAAUACUAAUAUGCUUUCUCCAAUUUUUACCUCGCCGCCUGAUUUUUUGCAUCUCCACCCCACUUUACGCAGAUUCUUCAGCAAGGAAAGAUUCCAUAUAAUCGGCAUCAGAGAACUGCGAUAAGAAUAUAGCGAGGUUUGUUUC